GCCGGGCGGGCACAGCGGCGGCGGCGCCAUGAGGCCCGGGCAGGGGCACCGAGAUGUGCAGAGGAGUGAAUGCCCCAUGUUGUGUUAGUGCCUGUCUGCCAUGCUGGCCUGUCUGCCAGGACCAGGCGACCUCUCCUUUCAGCUUCUUUCUUACACGCAGAUGAACACUGGACUUCAGAAAUGGGACACUACACAGAAAAUGAGAUCUGCACAGUAUCCUACCCCAGCAGAAUUGGAUGCUUAUGCUAAGAAGGUCGCCAACAAUCCACUGACUAUAAAAAUCUUCCCAAACAGCGUCAAGGUUCCCCAGAGGAAACACAUACGCCGUACUGUGAACGGACUCGAUACUUCGGGCCAGAGGUACAGCCCCUACCCAUCUCAGGCCACCACGAAAACGGGCCUGCUGGCCAUAGUCAAAUCCCCAGCGAAAGGAAUCAUCAAGGACUUUGACGGGACGCGCGCGCGCCUGCUGCCGGAGGCGAUGAUGAACCCCCCCUCCACGCCGUACGUUGCACCAAGCACUUUAUCCCACCCGCAGGCGCUCGCUCGCCAGCAGGCUCUCCAGCAUGCACAGACUUUGCCGCACCCCCAGAGCAUCCCGCAGCACCCUCAGGGUAUUCCACAGCCACCCAGCUUACCGCACCCUCAGGGGAUCCCGCAGGCGCUGCCGCACCCGCAGAGCAUGCAGCAGGGCUUGCAGCACCCUCAGACCAUGGCACACCAGACCCUGCAGCACCCCCCGAACGCGCUGCUGCAGCCGGGUUUACAUGGAGGCAGAAAGAUGCCGGACGCAGACGCGCCGCCGAAUGUGACCGUGUCUACCUCAACCAUUCCCCUCUCUAUGGCUGCCACCCUGCAGCAGAACCAGCCACCGGACCUGAGCAGCAUUGUGCACCAGAUUAACCAGUUCUGCCAGGCCAGAGCUGGCAUUAGCACUACCUCAGUGUGUGAGGGACAGAUUGCAAACCCCAGCCCUAUAAGUCGCAACCUGCUUAUCAAUGCAAGUACCAGGGUAUCUACUCACAAUGUCCCUACACCCAUGCCUUCCUGUGUAGUAAACCCUGUCGACCAUGCUGCUGCUGCUAUUCCUCCUGCCUCUGUUAAUGUGCCCAUGGUCAAUAUUAACAGGGUGCCACCCGCCUACCAGAACGAAAUCAAAUCGGUUGCGUGGAACCAGCACCAGCUUGCACAUCUGCAGCAAAUGUGUGGGGAUGCUGCUGGGCCUGCUGGACUCGCAGGGAAGCACCCUCAGAGAGAGAUUGCAGGGCAGAAUUUCCCUGGCAAAACCUCCAGCUACCCUCAAGAACUGUGCAUGGGCCAGUCCUUCAGCUUGAAGCCCCCCAUCGAGAAGCCUACGCCUUCUCCGCCUGUGAACGGGUUGCAGGGACCUUUGCCAUAUACCAAUGGGCACUAUUUCCAGCCCCUCUGGAAUAACAUUCUGCCCACACCCAACAGUGACAGCUCUGGGUCCCAGGACCUCGCCAUGCCUUUCCACGGGGGACAGCCAGCGGGAGCGCCGCUGGAUUGUGCAGGAGGAACUCAUUACAGAGCUGGAGCUGGCCCAUCCAGCCAGAAUAAUGUGAUGCAGACCAUGGAUUACCUAAGUGGGGACUUCCAGCAGUCCUGCUUCCGAGACCAGAGCAUGGCCGUGCUGGGAAAAGUCCAUCGGCCUCCCAUGAACCGAGCACCUGAACCAACCGAUAGUCGAAAUCUUCAUAUUCAACACCCAGGGUAUAGAUAGGCUGCAGUCACUUUCACAGACAAAAAAAAAAAAUUAUAGGUUUUAGUCUUAAUUUUAAUUAAUAAGCAAGGCGUUUUUAACUUGCAAACUUGUGUGAUCAUUAUAGUACCCAUUGGAAGAAGACAUACUGUAUAUUUAAAGAGCUUUGCUUACAUGUUAUCUCUCUCCUUUAUGCAUCAAAUAUUUAACAUGCCUUUUGUGUCAAAGAAUUUCAUUACACU